AGUGGUCAGCGGUGGUCACUGUUGGACUCUGACUGACUUGACGUGUCUCAGUCGACGUUGCAUCGUGCAAGUUUUUUUUAAUUCUCUCGUCCCGCUUUCCGUGGGGAAAACGGUCAUCCCGAGAUCUGCGCUGGGCAAGACAAUUGACAGUUGACGCUACAGACGAUACGGUGUGUGUCAGGUAGACUGAACAAUAGGCGAGCAAGACGAUAGAUGAUGAACGAUAAGCGACGGACGACAGGUCAUAGGCGAUGAUAGGCGAUGCAUCGUAAACGAUAGACGGUGGGCGAUAAAUCCCAUUGUAAAGCUGUCGAAGCGAAGAUCGAUUAUUGUGACCUAACCUAACCUUGAAGGCGUAAAUUCGCCGCAAUUCGAUCAUCGAGAUUCUAAACGUAACAAAUAUUGCCUUAAAUAUCGCUUAGCGAACGUCACUUUCUCAAGAUGGUCACUCCUCAAACUCCAGGUGUAGACCCCUGGGCGAUUCAGCCCAGAGAAAGGCUGAGGUAUCAAGAACAGUUUGAAUCCUUACAACCGAUCAAUGGGAUUGUUACCGGUGAACAAGCGAAAGGUUUUCUCCUUAGAUCCCAACUUCCACCAGCUACUCUCGGACAAAUAUGGGCAUUAUCGGAUACAGAUGCAGAUGGGAAGAUGGAUAUAAAUGAAUUCAGUAUUGCAUGCAAAUUGAUCAACCUAAAAUUACGUGGUUUUGAAAUCCCUAAAGUACUACCACCCAUUCUCAUGCAGAGUUUGAAAUCUUUCUCACCUGAUGCCAACCUGGCAUUGACAAAUGGUGCGACUGCUCUUCCUCCAAAUAAUAUUGGCUCUCUAGUGAAUCUUAGUGGGCAUCAACCAAUGGUAUCUCAAACUAUAGCAAGUGCAGUGCCCACAGCAGGAGCUACAUCGCAUCCCCUUAUAGCAUUACAACAAAAUAGACAGAAUGUGGCUCCAAGUACACAUGCUACAACUCAUACACCGUCUAAGCCACCCGCUCGACCUGCACCACCUUCUGUGGGAAUUGCACCUCCUACCACAACUGGUGGUAUCGCUCCCCCACAAAGACCUGCACCGCCUACAAAUAUUGGGAGUAGCUUUACGCCUACGGCGGGUGGCCCACCACCAAAACCAGCACCACCUUCAUUCCCAAAUAGUCCUGUAGGAAUCUCACCCUUGAAAGCUCCAGUGUCCGUCGUUGGUGCGCCAGUUCCUGUUAUCGGUGCGCCAGUUUCUUCAGUUCCACCAAUAUCUGCUUCUGGCAUAGGUAUUCCAUCAGUAGCGCCAAUUGCUCCUUUAAACACAAAUCCUGUACCGAUGGCUGCCUUUAAUAUGGCACAACCACAGCCGUUAGGUAUGGUCACCGCAGGCAUGGUUGCUCCUAUACCUGGCAUUCCCAGUAUGGUAUCGUCAAUUGGAUCGAUAAAUACUGGCACCGGAGUUGCUUCAGCAGUAGCGUUACCAUUAGUAUCCUCGACAACUGCGAACGGCGCGUUGGUCAAUGGCGCUAUCACGCAAACACCGGUAUCCACAAACACACCGUUGAGUACGACAGCUCGCCCACCAAGUAUAGAUAGAGUGGGCUCAGUGGAUUCGCAGCACAGCCAGCAUUCUGUUGGUUCUCCACAAUCUGCAGAAUGGGCGGUGCCACAUCAGACCAAAUUAAAGUACACUCAGUUAUUUAAUACUUGGGACAGAACGAGAUCUGGCUUUCUUUCUGGGCCACAAGCGAGAAACAUCAUGGUGCAAUCACAAUUGCCGCAACCUAUCCUUGCUCAAAUAUGGGCUCUGUCCGAUAUGGACUCGGACGGACGUUUAGGAUCUGAGGAAUUUGUGCUUGCAAUGCACCUUUGCGAUAUCGCCAAAGCCGGUGAGAACAUACCUACGACACUUCCACUGGAUCUUAUCCCGCCCUCAUUUAGACGGCAGCGUCUAAGCAGUCUAACUCUCUCUCAAAACGCGACGGAAAAUAUUGAUCCGUUAGCAGGCAUGCCACAGACCUCAUUUGAAGAUAAACGUAAAGAGAACUUCGAGAAAGGUCAAGCGGAAUUGGAGCGUAGGCGUAAAGCGUUGCUGGAGAUUCAGCGAAAGGAGCAGGAAGAGCGGGAACGCAAAGAAAGAGAGGAGGCCGAGAAACAAGAGAAAAUAAGACUGGAGCAAGAAAGACGCAGGCAAGCAGAAAUUGAAAAACAAAUGCAGAGGCAAAAGGAAAUCGAAGAGGAGAAAGAGGAACAGCGGAAACGUGCGCAAGAACAAAAAGAAGCAGCACGAAAGGAAAUGGAGAGACAACGACAAUUAGAAUGGGAGCGACAAAAGUCACAAGAAUUGCAAGCUCAGAGGCAAAAAGAGCAAGACGUUCUUCUCAAAUUGAAAGCGAAAAAUCAGACGUUGACCAUCGAACUCGGAACGCUUAACGACAAAGUGAAGGAAUUGUCGCAAAAGAUUUGCGAUACUCGAGUGGGUGUCUCGGGCGUCAAAACGACCAUCGACGGCAUGAGAUCGACGAGAGAUACGCAAUUGCAAGAAAUGUCCGCGUUAAAAAAUAAACUCCGGGAACAAAAUCAGAGAUUAUUAGCUCUGAGUCAAGAGAAGGCGCGUAUUGAGGCGAGAAAUAAAAUCAAUGCGGCCCAAGAUGCAGCCGGGCAGGAAGCUAUUAAAAUGGCCUUUGACAAUAAACAAAUUACUCUUAAGCAACUGAAAGAUAAAAUUGCAGAUUUACAACAGCAGAUCGACUCGAAAAUGUCGGAUAUUCAGAACAAUAAUGCACAGCUCGAAGACAUUAAGACGCAAAUAAAAAAUCUGGUAACGGACUGUAAGCAACUGUAUGUUAGUUUUGACGACAAGAAGAAGAAGGUGAUCGAACUCCGAGCAAGCAGCGGCAACGCCGACUUUGCCGCAUCCGCGUGGGGCGAUAGCGCUUGGGACACUGCACCUGCGAGCGACGCGGCUUGGCCUGUCAAUGAUGACACUGAGACUGAAACUGCCGUUCCAGGCGUCCGCAAAUACAGAGCCCUUUACGAAUUUGUGGCGCGGAACCAAGACGAAAUCUCAUUUCAACCUGGCGAUAUUAUACUGGUACCACCUGUGCAAAACGCCGAACCGGGCUGGAUGGCCGGGGAAAUUCGCGGUCACACUGGCUGGUUUCCGGAAUCUUACGUGGAGCCAGUCGACACUGGCACAACUGUCUUGGACAACGAACGUACCUUCAUACAGCAAGACAGCGUGGAGAAGAGAACAUUAGAAGGAAUAGCGGAAGUUCCCGAGAACGUAUCCGACGCGGGAUCAUUAGGCGGAGAAGCUCCGGUGGUGGAGGCUAUUAUACCUACUUUAGGAUUAGGCACAUCUUGCGACAUACAGGCCACCACUUUGUUUCCAUACCGACCUACUAUGGAGCAACAUCUUUCCUUCGAAAAAGGAGAGACUGUCCAAGUUUCUGAGCAGCAGAGUGACUGGUGGUAUGGUUCGAAUAGCAUUGGAAGUAACGGUUGGUUCCCCAAGUCGUACGUGAAAGAGAUUACUGCGAGCAACCAAGAGAUCGCCGCUGAUGGUCUUAAUGAAUAUUACGUCGCACUUUAUCGAUACGACUCGGCCGAAACCGGUGAUCUCAACUUUAAUCAAGGAGAAGUUAUAUUGAUCACGAAGAAAGAAGGCGAUUGGUGGACCGGUUGCAUAGGGGACAAAAGUGGAAUUUUUCCAUCUAAUUAUGUAGAGAAAUGCGACGCUCCCAGUCAGACUGCAGCUUUAGCUACUAACAUUCCUGCAUCCAGCGUUGAACCUGCGGAAACGAAAACCACGGAACCUGUUACUCCAGCAACCACAUCACAAGAGGUAGAAAAAACGGCAGAACAGUUGGAAGAUGAAAGAGCAGCUGCCGAGGAUAGAGCGGAAUUACCGGACUUUACUGCUAUGGCGGCUCAGCAGUAUUACAAGAGAGGAAGAAAACCAGAAAUUGUCCAGGUUAUUGCACCCUAUCAAGCAACUAGUGCAGAGCAAUUAGAUUUGCAAAGAGGACAAUUAAUAAUGAUUCGCAAAAAAACUGACAGUGGUUGGUGGGAAGGAGAGCUGCAGGCGCGUGGUAAAAAGAGACAAGUCGGUUGGUUCCCAGCGACCUAUGUUAAACCCUUAACCAGUAGCAGUAAUAGAAGUACACCUGUCUCUCAUGGAUACCAAGAUUCUCCAACGGAUCCAAAUAUUGAACGCGUUAUGGCUCUGUAUCCUUAUCAGGCACAAAACGAAGAUGAAUUGAGCUUCGAGAAAGGUGAUGUUAUAUCAGUACUUGCUAAGGAAGAAGCUUCUUGGUGGAGAGGCGAAUUGAACGGUGUAUCUGGCGUCUUCCCAAGCAACUACGUUUCGCCUAUGUCGAGUGAAUCGAUGAACGAUACAAUGACGUGUCACAAUCCCAUGGAAAAAAAACGCCAGGAACAUAUCAAAGAGCUAAUCAUGACAGAAAAAGCCUAUAUAGAGGACAUGAGACUAGUGCACGAGGUUUUUGAAAAACCAUUAAUCGAAAGUUUAGUCUUGAGUGUCGACGAAGUAGAAAAAAUAUUUAUCAAUUGGAGAGAUAUUAUUGCGUGUAAUGAUAACUUUUUAAGGACUUUGAGGAUAAGAAGGGAUAACAGUUACGGCGGAGUAGUUAGAAUGAUUGGCGAUAUACUGUGCGAGAACAUACCUAGGAUGUCGGCUUACAUAAGAUUUUGCAGCUGCCAAAUAUCGGCCGCCGCGUAUCUGCAACUCUUGACGGAAACUUCGCCGGAAUUCAUGCGAGUUGCUCAGGCAUGCCAGCAGGAUCCUCGCACGAAAGGGUUGCCGUUAAGCUCAUUUUUAAUUAAGCCGAUGCAAAGGAUAACGAAGUACCCGCUUAUCAUCGGCAAGAUCUUGGAGUAUACGCCAAUCGAUCAUCCCGACAGGCAGUAUCUGCAGGAAGCGUUGGCUAAGUCCGAGGAGUUUUGCACGCAGGUGAACGAAGGAGUUAGAGAGAAAGAAAAUAGCGACAGAUUGGAGUGGCUGCAGACCCAUGUGGUAUGCGACGGUCUUGAAGAGCAACUCGUCUUCAAUUCCUUGACAAAUUCUUUGGGACCGCGAAAACUAUUGCACUACGGCAUACUUCACAAGGCAAAAAGUGGCAAGGAACUCGUCGGUUUUCUCACAAACGAUUUUCUGCUGUUCGUGCAACCGAUGAAGUCUUUAAAUUGCCAACAAUUUUCCUUUGAACGCAACGAAUAUCAAAAGUUUAAGAUGUACAGGAAGCCGAUAUUUCUCAACGAAUUGUCGUUUUUCGGAGAAAACGACGGAAGUAGCAGUUUAAGCGGAAAUGACACGGCGGACAACUCAUCGAAAACACUAAGACUGAGAGAUCAAAAGAAGCCAAUAAUAUUAUUGGCAUCAACCUCGACUGAAUGCUCACUAUGGUCGAAACGAAUCGCGGAAGCACGCUGGAAAUUUGUUGAGAACGAGAAGACUCGUCUGCAGAGACAGCGGUCAAAGCAGGCGCAAUUUCGGGCAUGCGGCAGAAUUCUCGUCACUGUGUUCGAAGGUUUCAACUUGAAAACUCCAUCCGUUCGCAGGAAACCUUCCCAAGGUACGCUACGACUAGUAAUUAUGGAAGCUGAAAAUCUUGUCACUAGCAGAGGAAAGUGUAAUACAUUCUGCAAAGUGUCUAUGGGCUCCCAAGAAGAAAGAACCAGCGUCGUAUCCGGCGCUGAUUGUCCUUUGUGGGAUACUUCGAUGCAGUUCCAAGUACAGGAUCUACUCGAGGAUACGCUUUGCAUCACCGUGUUCGAUAAAGGAUACUACAGUCCUGAUGAAUUCCUUGGUCGCGCCGAGGUCAGAGUGGUCGACAUAAUGAGAGACAGUAAGGAUUCUUGCGGACCGAUCCAAAAGAGGAUUAAGUUGCAUGAGGUUGAAAGCGGCGAUGUCGUUCUCAAGCUCGACCUUCGGUUGUUUAACGGAUAAAACGCGUGGGUGUUACAACUCCAUAUUCUGACAUAUCAUACGCAUUUAUGUAAAAAAAAUUAGAUGUAAAGAUUUUAUAUAAACUUAGCAUAAUA